AUGCCUCUGGAGUUUUACUAUUACCGUUGCUGGCCAGUUACACUCUUUGAAAGGCGGAAGGCGGAGAGCGGGAGUGUAGGCACCGCUCCACUGUCUUGGUACCCUUAUAACGACAAGGUUCUUUCUGUUCUUACUGCGCAGCCUCUCUAA